GUCAUAACAGUUUUUGAUUCUUCAUCUGUGGGACUAUCAACUGGCACCUGUGGAAAGAAUCAGAAGAUGAGAAAGUUUAUAACAUCUGGCGCAUGCAUUAUGCCCGAUCAACAAUCGGCUCAGGGAUAAAGAAAGAGCUGAGGAAUAGAUUGGCUUCACACUUCUUCCAUGCACACAUUUCUCAACAGUAUAAUCAUAGAAGUAUUUAUUACUUACAGCUUUAAUUUCGCCGUUUGUAAUUCCUGUAUUUAUGUUGUGUCUCCUCAGAUCAGACUUGAUUAAUGCUGAAACAGAAGCACCAACAGUUACCGCAGAGACACGAAGCACCACCUUAUGAUUAGUCUGUCAGCAUAAUGACAACUAUAAACAGGACCAAUGAAACAAUUAUAAAAUGCAAAGUCGACAGACAACGUCUCCUGAAAGAGAUCAAUGAAAAGCGUGAAUCCAACUGUUUGGUGGAAAGAAGCAAUCAAGUCAGCUUACUGAGAGUUCAGCGGAGGCACUUCAGUUGUGCCUAUAAGUGCCAUAUUCAUUCCCAAACCAAAGAACCUGUGCCCGACAGUGGCAGGAGCUCCUGGGUCAAACUGAGUCUCCUUGCUCACAUAGAGAAGAGGCACUUUCCAUCAAAAAAUAAUGCAAUAUUUGGAUAAAGUGCAUCCCCAGAGACACACAAAAAUACCAUCUCUUUAUCCUUCUUCAGUAUCUAUCUGAACUAUUUACAAAUAUUAAUUAUAAAAGAAGCCAAAAGUAUUUGCUAGUUCACCAAGGAAAUAUUUUGUUAAGUCAUAUAACAAGUAUUACAUCUUCAUUAAUUUCAUUCUAUUAGUCAUAUUUUUGAAGGGAUGAUUUUUGUUAUUAAAGAUAC